UGCAAACAUAUCAAAACUACGCAUAUUAUGGUGACGUCAAAAUUUCACAACUAAAUGUAACAUCCGGGCACUUCUUAAAAUCCACCUCACCAUGAGUUGAAAUUUCUUUACAGAUUUACAAUAAUUUUACAGCAAAACAAUGUCUAAGCGAGUGUCAAGAAGGAUAUCUGAAAGUGGAGAAGAUCUGUGUCCAGUGUGCAGUUCAGCAGUCUCAAUAUAUGCCAUUGGGAGGUGUGAUCAUGUUGUAUGCUACAAAUGCUCCACCAGAAUGAGGGUGCUGUGUGAUCAAAUGUACUGUGCUAUCUGUAGGGCUGAUUUACCCAAAGUUGUAUUUAUCCGAAAGUUUGAAGAGUUCAACAAAGUGUUGACUAACCACUUUCUUGUGAAUCGGAAACACAGCAUCUACUAUGAGAAUGAGGAUAUUCAGAAUGCUUAUUACGAGUUACUGCAGCACAAAUGUCCUGUUUGUGUUGACAGGAAACCAGAUCGAGGAUUCCGCAACCUGGUUGAUCAUGUGCGAAAAGAGCAUUCAAUGUAUAACUGCGACAUCUGCACAAAGCAUCUCAAGAUGUUUACGCAUGAGAGAAAGUUUUACUCGAGACCAGAUCUAGCACAGCAUCGUCGUAAAGGAGACCCAGAUGACUCGUCACACAAAGGUCAUCCUCUGUGUGAGUUCUGCGAUGAGCGUUUCUUGGAUAAUGAUGAAUUGUUGCGGCAUCUUAGACGGGAUCAUUAUUUCUGCCACUUCUGCGAUGCUGAUGGCAUCACUAAUCAAUACUAUGGUGAUUAUGAUGUGUUAAAGCAGCAUUUCAAGGAUCAGCAUUAUCUGUGUGACUUUGAGGAAUGUCUACAUGAAGAAUUUACCCAUGCCUUCAAGACAGAGAUCGACCUGAAGGCACAUAUUUCUUCCAAACAUCGACACAGCAAGAGUCAGAAUAAGCAGGCCAGGACCAUAGAUAUAGAGAUUAAUCUAGCUCCUAGAGAUAAUGCAUCAAGGGGGCCCAGAGGGAGAGGCAAUAGAGGAGGUGUCGUAACAGGGGCUGAUUAUGAGGAAGUUCAGGAAGAGUCCAGACAGAGGGGAGGCUAUGGUAGGGGAAAAGGAAGAUAUAAAGACAGACAUGCUGCUGCUGCUGAUGAUGAUGGAGCUACAGCUCAGGCAAUCGCAGCAUCCCUCACUGACUCCAAGUCUGCCACUGCAAUCAAGACAGUCCCCCAGGUCUCAAAACCCAAGAAACAAAAACAAAAUGAGCAACAGGAACCCCCACGUGAGUCUGACUUCCCUGGUCUUGAUGGCAAGAUGUAUGAGGAUGUUGACGAUGAGGCACAGCAAGACGGAGAUGGCUUAACAUCAGGCAUGGCACAGAGAUUGGCCUUGGGGAGCCAUCAGUCUGUACAAAGUGGCAGUAUGGCCCCCGAGGAAUUUCCUGCCUUAGGUGGUCUUGGGGGGUCAGGAGGAGGUGCUUCCCAUGCUUAUGUUAACUCUAGACAUAGUAAAGUGUCAAAGCAAUGGACAAGUAGUAACAAUAUGAAAAGUAUUGAUGAAUAUCCAUCACUAGGAUCAACAACUAAGAAAAAUCAACCAAGUAAAAAUGUACCUGUUAAAACUAUCCCUGCUAAGCGUGAAGUUCCUAAAUCCCGUCCACCGAUUGAUGAUUUCCCUAGUCUAGGCAAAACAGCGAAAGCUUCCCAACCACCCCAACCUAUUGAUGACUUCCCAAGUUUAGGCAAAAUAGGGAAACAAGCUAAGCAAUCAAAAAAUGCUGAGAAUGGUGCAUCAUCAAGGUCUAGUCAGAAAACUAAUAAAAACACCGAAGAAGAUUUCGACUAUCCAGCCUUGGUGUCCUCCAAUCAGAACUAUAAACCUGAACCUGUUGGUAAAAGUUAUGCAGUAGUAAAGAAACCAGUUGCUGUCCCUGCACAAAAGCCUGUGUCUGUAGAAGAGGAGUACCCUGCCUUAAUGCCUACUAAAAAGCCCACUAAUAAACUCCCAUAUCAACCCGCAAUCAAACCCCCAGUGAAACCUGUUGUUAGUGCUCCCAAGACCAAGCCACCACCACCUAAAGCAACCCCAGUAGGUAUGCCAGCUGCCAAGGAUAAAUCCAAGAAGGCACCAUUGAAUGAUUUCCCAUCUCACAAUGAUGAUAGUGAUUCGAAAGAUUUUGGAUCUGGAUAUGCUUUCCAGAAUGUUCCCACUGGUACUAAGUUUCGUAAUCUAUCGCUGAAAUCUAUGGGAGCUGAUUUACUUGCCCCAGCUGAGGCCCCCAUACCUGUUCUUUCCUCUAACGUCAAUAUGAUCACUGAGAAACCAUCAGAUAUGAAAGCAGCCCCUAAAAGUGCCAAAAAAUCUGUUGCAAUGUCCAAAGAGGAUUUCCCAUCAUUGGGGGGCUCUAAAAAGAAAAAGAACAUGCCGCAAUCUGCACCAGUUCAUUCUGGGUAUGUAAGUGCUACAGCUAGUGUACAACAACCUAAAGCUGAAAGCAAGCCAUCCCCUCCUGGGCUGAGUAAACCUACUGCUCCAGCUGAUGCACAAGCUGUCAUCACUACAAAGGCUCAAAGUCCAGACGAUGACUUCCCAACGCUUGGAGGUAAACCGACCAAACAGCCCCCUCCUGGCAUGAAAAGUAAGCCCAAUAAGCCUGCUAACCAGGAACCCAAGAAAUCUUCUGCUCCAAGUGAUGAUUUCCCAGCGCUUGGAGGUAAAUCCACAAAACAACCCCCUCCUGGCAUGAAAAGUAAGCCCAAUAAACCUGCUAAACAGGAAGCCAAGGCACCCUCUGUCCCAAGUGAUGAUUUCCCCAGCCUCAAUGGCAAUCCAUCAUUAGGCCCUAGUGAUGAUUUCCCAACUCUAGGUAAUGGGCCAUCUUCAGGACCAGUGCCAUCUUGGGGUCACAAAGGAAAACUCGACUUGGACAAUCUAACACAGAGUGAAGAUUUCACGAAAGUGAAGUCCAAGGGCAAAAAAGCAGCACCAAAGAAGGGUAAAAAUAAACCUGAGCUAAGUCAUCAGCAAGAACAGCAGCUGAAGCUACAGAAACUAUUACUGGAGAAAGACGACAACAGUGACAGUGAUGAUAGUUUCCAUAGUGUUGAGGAAACAUUUGAAGUUGAACCCCCAAAGCCAGUAGUUGUUGAACCCCCAACCAAAACUGAGCCAAAAUCUAAAAAGAAGAAGAAUAAAAAGAAGAAGAAACAGGCACCUGUUGCUAAUAUCCCUGGUGGCAGUGCUGUAAAUGGGGAAGUCAAAGAUGAAAUUGAUGAAAAGGUGAAUAUAACUGAGAAGAAAUCUGUUACAUUCACUGAUAAGAAUGAAACUUUGGUCAUUGAGAACAUAGAAUCGGAAGAUAGUGAAGAUGAAAAAGAUAUUCAAAAUCCUAUCGAGUUCAACAUCCAAGAUGAUUUCCCAACAUUGGCACCUACUGCUGCCCUCAAGCCUAUAGCAAAUACUAUGAGCAAAAUGCCCCCUGGCUUUAUCCCAAGUACUAACAAGCUGGCCAGUGGCCCCCCUGGGUUUGGUAGUGUUGCUGACACUAAGACUCCCCCUCCAGGUUUAAACAAGCCCCCUGGUCUAACAAAGUCUAACGCACCACCUGGACUUAAUAAACCACCCCCUGGUCUUGUGGCUGACUCUUCACCUUCAGUUAAUAAUAUUGAAAACAUUGCCCCAAAAUUUGCCCCUAAUCCUACUGCUUCAGCCAUACCACCUGUGUACACAUACGCUCAAACUGGGGAUUUUCAACAGAGGAAUUUCUCUCUGAUUAAUAUGAUCCAAGGGGCCUUCAACAAUAGUCAGGACAAACUCAAUGAGUUCAUGUCUAUCUCUAAACAAUUCCGACAGGACAACCUCACUAGUGACUCUUACUAUGAACAAUGCAGAGAAAUGUUUGGUGAUGAGAAAUUCUGGAUUAUUUUUCCCGAACUGUUAGUGCUUUUACCAGAUAUUUCCAAGCAGCAGGAAUUGUAUCUAACUUACAUGGGUAAACAUCUUAAUGAAAUGAAGAUGACUAAAAGACUGGAUAUUCCAUUCACGUCAUGUCCCACAUGCUACCAGGUUGUAAGCAAUAAGGACCUUACAUUGCAUAUUAGCAUUCACAAUUUGCAGUCUGAUUUUCCUGUUUUAUAGGACAUCAUGAAUAUAGGUUGAUAUCAAUGUAUUUUCAUCAUUAUUCUUUUGAACUCAGAAUUUGGAUUUUAAUUAAUAAAUAUUAUUAUUUGAAAUAUGGUUUCUGGUUUCAACAUUGCGUCAACAUUGAAAAGAAUUUGAUAUCAGUAUAUCAAAAUUAUGGAUUUUAUUAUUUCUAAUUGAACAUAUUGUGCACAAUUUGUUUUAUACAAUAUUUGUGACAACGUAUAUUUAUUCAGAAAUUAAAUUUUAGUGAUGAAUGCAUUGAAAUGACUUAAGUUCAUUGUUUUGGUUGAAUUCAUUCUUUUAUGUUAUAUAUUGUCGAGAUUGAUGUUUAGAACUGGAAAACAGUUAGAUUAGGGUACUUAAAUAGAUUUCAUUGUCAUCAAGUUACAUUCAGUGACAUUGGUCAGAAUUCAAGGCAUUUACAUGUACAUGGCAAUUUUCAAAGUGAAUCAUUCUUAAUUUGAAAAAUAUGGCAUUUUACAGUCCAAUUUCAUUUAUUUAUAAGCAUUCUAGCACUAAGGCAUUCGAUUUUUUGGAAUGAGGGUUUCCUACAAAAAUGCAUUUCUCAAACAUGAUUUUAUGUAACUAAAUUUCAGGAAUAUCAGAAAAAAACAUUUCAAAAUGUAAAAUGAAGGAUUUUAAACCCCAUAUAUGUAAAGUAAUCAUCUCUUAUCUGUUGAUUGCAUGUAUUUUCCAAUAUAAUUACAAUCUGACAAAAUCCAUGAUUUCAAAAGAUAUCACAAUUGUGUUUUCUCCAUGUCAGAGUAUCACUUUAAGUGAACAACAGUCAAGUAAAGGAUGAUGUCCAAUUAUCAGCAGUUCUGGAAAAAAUAAUUUUGUUUC